GUAACCACGAAAACCGCACGUUAGGAUUGUCUCUCACCAUCAACGUGCGAACCGUCAAUCUUCGUACAAAUUCUAUCGUGAAUACUUGGUGUCAAAUAUGGCGUUUCUCAGCGGCAGCAGCAGCACGACGAAUCCCACGCAAGGCGACCUGAAGAACGAUGUCGAAGUGUCCGAACCGCCGAAUGACAGUAUCUCUGAUAUUGCCUGGUCAAGCGCUGCCGAUCUUCUCGCGGUCAGCUCUUGGAACAAUGAGUGUAGAAUCUACGAAAUCGAUGCACAGGGAAAGAGCACAGGAAAAACCAUGUACAAGCAUGAGGGUCCUGUGCUAAGCGUCUGUUGGUCGGUCGGAGGUACGAAGGUUGUAUCAGGUGGUGCGGAUAAAGCUGCGCGAAUGGUUGAUCUUGGCGGUAACGGUCAGCCGCAACAAGUUGCACAGCACGAUCAGCCCAUCAAGAGCGUUCGCAUGUUCCAAUAUCAAGGCAACGAUAUGCUCGCUACAGGCUCAUGGGAUAAAACCGUAAAAUUCUGGGAUACGCGCACCCCAAACCCAGCUAUGUCAGUGAACAUGCAAGACAGAGUGUACACCAUGGAUGUACGCAACAAUUCUAUCAUGGUGGUGGGCUGCGCCGAACGCUAUAUCAAUAUCUUUGAUCUGUCCAGCAGCAAUCCAAGUCAAUUUAAGACGGUACAGAGUCCGCUGAAGUGGCAGACAAGAGUGGUCAGUUGCUUUACGGAUGCGACAGGCUUUGCUGUAGGUAGUAUCGAGGGGCGAUGUGCCAUACAAUAUGCGAACGAAAAAGACUCGAGCAAAAACUUCUCGUUUAAAUGCCAUCGAGCAUCGGACACCACGGCGCGUGACACAACAAAAGUCUAUGCUGUUAAUGCCAUCUCGUUUCACCCUAUUCAUGGCACGUUCAGCACUGCUGGUAGUGAUGGAACCUUCCAUUUCUGGGACAAAGACGCGAAGCAUAGAUUGAAGGGCUACCCAGAAGUGGGAGGUAGCAUUUCCGCGACAAGCUUCAAUCGCAAUGGCAACAUAUUUGCAUACGCAGUCAGUUAUGACUGGAGCAAGGGGUAUGCAUACAACACCCCGGGAUAUCCAAAUAAGGUCAUGCUGCAUCCUGUUGCAGGCGACGAGUGCAAGCCUAGAGCGGGUACAAAGAGGUGAAAUAUCGGUUGACCGCCCUGCCGGUCGCAGCAUAAGGAUAAAAUGAAUGUCAAUCGUCGGAUAUACAGCAUAUCUGCACAUGUCCACCCUUUCAAACUUCGUGCGAAAACAGGGAAAACCCAACAGCGUAAAUAGGCAUUGGAUACGUUUCAUUCUAAUGUUCAGUAACGCACAGCAAUGGAUGGCUUUGAAAAGCAAAUUCACGACGAGAGCUGAAUCAUCAGAAUGGCAGAUUGGUUGAAGAUGCGGAAUCAGCAAGUAGAUAUACCCAGCGUGCAAAUUUACGCGAUUGUUACUCACUCCCAUUGUCUCAGCAAUACUAAUCCUGUUUCCAUCUAUUGCCUUAUCGUAAAGGUACAAUUUUCUACACUUGCUUUCCUGCUCGAUAUU